UUGGUUAUAGUCAAAAGACGUUUUUUUUCAUAUUUUUAAAUAUUUGUAAUAAUCUAUAAAAUUUGAGAUAUAUAAUAAAUAAUAAAGCACAAUGUUUUCUUUGUGCAAACAAACACAUCCAGCAACAUCAGUGGAGUAUGCAAUUUCAUGUAGAUUUUUUAACAAUUACGAAGAUAAUCUGGUUAUUGCUGGAGCAAAUGUACUGAAAGUAUAUCGUAUAUAUCCCUAUGUAGAUAGUAUACAACGACAAAAAAUUAACCCAAAUGAAAUUCGUAUUCCACCUAAAAUGCGGUUGGAGUGCAUGGCAUCGUAUACAUUGUAUGGAAAUGUAAUGUCACUUCAGAGUGUAUCAUUAGCCGGCUCUCUUCGAGAUGCAUUAUUAAUUAGCUUCAAAGAUGCUAAACUUGCAGUCGUGCAACAUGAUCCCGAUACAUUUUCGUUAAAAACAUUAUCGUUACAUUUCUUUGAAGAAGAUGAAGUACGUGGAGGCUGGACUGGUCGAUAUUAUAUUCCUAUGGUGCGAGUAGACCCAGAUUCUCGUUGUGCUGUAAUGCUUGUUUACGGCAAACGUUUGGUUGUUCUACCAUUUCGAAAAGACAAUAGUUUGGAUGAAAUAGAAUUAGCUGAUGUAAAACCUAUAAAGAAAACGCCUACCACACUAAUUUCAAGAACUCCUAUAUUGGCAUCGUAUCUUAUAACAUUACGGGAUUUGGAUGAAAAAAUAGACAAUGUGUUAGAUUUACAAUUUCUACAUGGUUAUUAUGAACCGACACUUCUUAUACUUUAUGAACCAGUACGUACUUAUCCUGGACGUGUUGCAGUACGUUCAGAUACGUGCGUGCUAGUUGCUAUAUCACUUAACAUUCAACAACGUGUACAUCCUAUUAUAUGGACUGUUAGCGGAUUACCAUUUGAUUGUUUACAAGUAUUUCCUAUACAAAAACCUAUAGGAGGCUGUCUUGUUACAUCUGUUAAUGCAAUAAUUUAUUUGAAUCAGAGUGUUCCACCUUAUGGUGUAAGUUUAAAUAGUUCAGCAGAUCACAGUACUGCUUUUCCUCUAAAACCACAAGACGGAGUGCGCAUAAGUCUAGAUGCAGCCAGACUCGCAUUCAUUGACACAGAUAAAUUAGUUGUUUCGCUUAAAGGUGGUGAUUUAUAUGUACUAACGCUUUGCGUUGAUUCUAUGAGAAGUGUCCGUAACUUUCAUUUUCAUAAGGCUGCAGCCAGUGUACUCACAAGCUGUAUUUGUGUAUUUCAAAUGGAAUAUUUGUUUCUUGGAUCACGAUUAGGAAACUCGUUGCUGUUACAUUUCACUGAAGAGGAUCAAAGUACAGUUAUUACUUUGGAAGAUGCAGCUGACGAGCCGGAAAUGGAAAUAAUUACAGAGGAGUCAAGUAAAGUACAUCGAGUAGAGGAUGAAGAAUUAGAGGUAUAUGGUUCAGGUGCAAAAACUUCAGUACAAUUACGCAAAUAUAAUUUUGAAGUUUGUGAUAGCAUGUUAAAUGUUGGCCCUAUUAAUUUCUUUUGUACUGGAGAACGUAUCGAAUUUGAAGAAGAUGGUGUAACGUUACGUCCACAAGCUGAAAAUAUGUCUGAUAUAAAAAUCGAAAUUGUUGGAUCAACCGGGCAUUCUAAAAAUGGUGCACUUAGUGUAUUUGUCAACUGUAUAAAUCCCCAAAUUAUAACAAGUUUUGAAUUGGAUGGUUGUAUAGAUGUGUGGACGAUAUAUGAUGAUCCUACUAAGAAAACAAUGUAUUUUGAUCAUCACGACUUUAUGAUAUUGUCACAAAAGUCAUCAACAUUGGUGCUGCAGACUGGUGAAGAAAUAAAUGAAAUUGAAAAUACAGGAUUUACUUGUAAUCAAGCUACAAUAUUUGUAGGAAAUUUGGGGCAAAAUCGAUUUAUAAUACAAGUUACAUCAAAAAAUGUUCGUUUACUACAAGGAACUCGUUUAAUACAAAACGUACCAAUUGAUGUUGGAUCACAUGUAGUGCAAGUUUCUAUAUCUGAUCCAUAUGUAUGUUUACGUCUUGCUAAUGGACAAGUAAUGACGCUUGCUUUACGUGAAACUAAGAAUACACCACGAUUAGCUAUAAAUAAAAGUACAAUAAGUAAUUAUCCGGCCAUUGUAUCUAUUGCAGCAUAUAAAGAUACUUCUGGCUUAUUUACUACUAAAAGUGACGACGUACUCAAUUUAACCGGUACUUCAGGAAGUUCUUUUUACAGCGGUGGUCUGGGCUACAUGAAAGCUGAACCUCAUAUGAAAAUCGAAGACGAGGAAGAUUUGUUAUAUGGUGAAUCUGGAAACGCAUUUAAAAUGAAUAGCAUGGCAGAUUUAGCUAAACAAUCUAAACAGAAAAAUUCGGACUGGUGGCGACGUUUGUUGACACAGUUUAAACCAACAUAUUGGCUAAUUACAGCAAGAGAGAGCGGGACUCUGGAAAUUUAUUCAAUGCCAGAUAUGAAACUACUUUAUUUAGUGAAUGAUAUUGGCAAUGCAGCUACGGUGUUGACUGAUUCUAUGGAAUUUGUGCCAAUAUCAUUGAAUAAUCAGGAAAAUAACAAAAGUGGCAUACUUCUGAAUUGUAUGUCACAAUAUCCUAAUUCACCAAAGGUUCAAGAACUGUCUAUCUUUGGUUUAGGUACUCAUGGCAAUCGUCCCUUGCUUUUUAUACGCACACGAUUAGAAGUAUUAAUCUAUCAGGUGUAUAGGUAUCCUAAAGGUCAUUUAAAAAUACGGUUUCGUAAAUUAGAAAGCAUAAAUUUACUGCAACAGCAGAGUGAAUUUCUAAAUGUGGAUGACUAUGAUUAUAUGGAGACGGAUUUAUAUAAUUUGGAAGAGCGAAAUAUUAGUAAAAUACGUUAUUUUGGUAACAUAUCUGGUCUGAAUGGUGUUAUGAUAUGUGGAGUUAAUCCUCGAUUAGUAUUUCUAACCACAAAAGGCGAGUUACGAGUACAUAAAAUUUUUGGUAAUAGUUCUAUACGGAGCUUUGCACCUUUUAACAAUAUUAAUUGUCCACAAGGGUUCCUAUAUUUCGAUACUACUUAUUAUCUGAAGAUAUCUGUUUUACCCAGUUACCUUACGUAUGAUUCUCCCUGGGCCAUACGAAAAGUACCAUUACGUUGCAGUCCAAGACAAAUCGUUUACUUACGUGAAAAUCGAGUUUAUUGUUUAAUAACACAAACUGAAGAGUCUUCAAAUAAAUAUUAUCGUUUCAAUGGUGAAGAUAAGGAGUUAACAGAGGAAAGUAAAGGAGAGCGUUUUAUAUAUCCAUAUAUUUCUAAAUUCAAUAUGGUUUUAAUGAGUCCUGAAACAUGGGAAAUAGUUCCGGAUGCAUCGAUACAAUUUGACGAUUGGGAACAUGUAACUGCUUUCAAAGUUGUUAAACUUGCGUAUGAGGGUACACGUUCAGGUCUUAAGGAAUAUUUGUGCAUUGGAACUAAUUUCAAUUACAGUGAAGAUAUAACUUCACGCGGUAAUAUAUAUAUAUAUGACAUUAUUGAAGUUGUGCCUGAACCGGGUAAACCGUUAACAAAAUUUAAACUAAAAGAGAUAUUUAAAAAGGAGCAGAAGGGUCCUGUGUCAGCUAUUUCGGACGUACUUGGUUUUCUGGUAACGGCUUUGGGUCAAAAAAUAUAUUUAUGGCAGUUGAAAGAUGAUGAUUUAAUUGGCGUUGCUUUUAUAGAUACAAAUAUUUAUGUGCAUGAAAUUAUUUCAGUGAAAUCACUCAUACUUAUAGCAGACGUUUAUAAAUCGAUUAGUUUGUUAAGGUUUCAAGAAGAAUAUCGGACGCUUUCUUUAGCUUCGAGAGAUUUUAAUGGACUAGAAGUUUUUAACAUUGAAUUCCUAGUCGAUAAUACAAAUCUCGGUUUUCUUGUCAGCGAUAUAGAAAAGAAUUUUAUUGUAUAUAUGUAUCAGCCAGAAUCCCGUGAAUCCAUUGGAGGUCAAAAACUAAUACGCAAAGCAGAUUACUAUCUCGGACAGAGUGUAAAUACAAUGUUUCGUGUACAAUGUCAUCAGCGAGGAGCAGUGCUAAGACAACCAUUUUUAUAUGAAAAUAAGCAUUUAGCUGUAUUUGGAACACUUGAUGGUGGUAUUGGUUAUUGUUUACCUCUGCCAGAAAAAGUUUAUCGUAGAUUUCUAAUGUUGCAAAACGUAUUACUGUCGUAUCAGGAACAUUUAUGUGGACUGAAUCCGAAAGAAUUUCGCACUAUAAAAUCUUCAAAGAAACUAUCACUGAAUCCGUGUCGUUGUAUAAUUGAUGGUGAUUUGAUUUGGUCAUUCAUGUUGAUGUCUAAUGCUCAAAAAAAUGAAGUCGCUAAAAAAAUUGGAACAAGAACAGAGGAGAUUAUAAAUGAUAUACAUGACAUUGACAAAGUGUCAUCGGUCUUUUAAAUAAUAAAUUAGUAAUUAUAGGUUUUUAAUAUAUAAACAUUUUAUUAAAUCAACAUCAAAUGAUGUGUUCACAGAUAGAACAGUUGUCUCCAAUAAUCUUUUUAUUGGAAUACCCG